UGGUUUUCUGUUCCGAAAACAGCAUGAACGAUAGAUGAGAUAUUUCGAAACACAGUGUCGGACACCUAGUUAGCAUAGCUGUGACUGUGAUUUUACCAACCCCGACCAAAAAUCUCACCAAGUUCGCGGUCAGCAUUUUCUGCUACGGUUGUGUUCCUAAUCCUAACCUUGAACUUUAGGUCUCAUUGUUGAAUUCUUCAUUUUCAGCUUUCACCACUAUCCCUUCUAAUGGCUCUCUCCGCAACAUUUAUGCCUCCUUCAUCCCCAAAAUUGAACCUUUAUUCCAAAAUUCGUAGACCCUUUUACCCUCACUCUGUCAGACUCCUUAAGCCCGUAAAGAUUUGGGCUUCAACUACUCUGGAUUAUUCCAACGUCUCUACCAACGACAAAUCCUCCCCUUUGAAGACUAGCAAUUGGCAAUGGAAGUUCAAGGACAAUCUUAUAAACAUUUAUUACGAGGAGCACGUAAAGGAGAGUCCGGAGCCUCCCCAAAAUAUCUUGAUGAUGCCAACCAUUUCUGAUGUUAGCACGGUCGAGGAAUGGAGACUAGUGGCUGGAGACAUUGUUCAACGUAAUGGCAACACCAAUUGGCGGGCAACUAUUGUUGAUUGGCCUGGCCUGGGUUAUUCUGAUCGGCCAAAGAUGGAUUACAACGCUGAUGUCUUGGAAAAAUUUCUGGUUGAUUUCAUCAAUUCACCCAAUGGACCAAUGAAACAACCAGAAAAUGAUUUGAUAAUUUUUGGAGGAGGACACGCUGCAACUAUAGUAGCCCGUGCUGCAAAAAAGGGUCUGGUGAAGCCCAAAGCUAUAGCUGCUGUUGCACCAACUUGGGCUGGUCCACUCCCUAUUGUGUUUGGUCGAGACUCCAAUAUGGAAACAAGGUAUGGUCUUCUAAGAGGCACGUUAAAGGCCCCUGCUGUUGGCUGGAUGAUGUAUAACAUGCUUGUGAGCAACGAGAACGCAAUCCAGUCACAGUACAAAUCCCAUGUAUAUGCCAACCCUGACAAUGUGACUCCAGGAAUUGUGGAAAGCAGAUAUGCAUUGACCAAAAGAAAGGGAGCACGUUACUUGCCUGCCGCGUUCCUGACUGGUCAAUUAGAUCCUGUUACAUCUCGCGAGGAGUUCCUUGAGCUCUUCGCGGCUUUGGAGGGAAAGACACCUGUGCUGGUUGUAUCAACCAAAGGAUCUCCCAAGAGGUCUAAGGCUGAGAUGGAAGCUCUCAAGGGAGCUAAAGGGGUUAGCAAGUUUGUGGAAGUGCCAGGUGCUCUUCUUCCCCAAGAGGAGUAUCCUGCUUUGGUGGCAGAAGAGCUUUAUCAGUUCUUGCAAGAAUAUUUUGGCACUGUUGCUUAGAAUUGACAUUUUCUUUUGGCAAUUUAUCUAUCAAACGGGGAAUAUCAAUCUCAUUGAUGUUCUGCAGCUUUUCCCUUCAGUAUGUUGGUGUAGCUUUUGGAGGCACAAAUACUAAUUGAUGGAAAAAGUUUGUCCAAGGGUGUAUACAUGUUUAUGUAGUGUGAUUUUAUUUGAUUAUUAUAGAAACCCUAGUGUAUAUAAGGCUUACAAUUAUCAUGUCCGACUGGGCUGAUGACUUGAACAUAACUUCUCAGUUGAAAGAUAUUAAGGCCCCUUUGAUUUGAACAAAAUGUUUUUCAUCCCUAAUAUAGGCUCAAGUCAUAAGUUCCUAUCA